UGUGCGCCACCCGCUGCUCUCUCCCUCCCACCACACUGACCGUGCUCUCUCCUCGUUCACUCCAGCGGUCCAGCUCCCGGCCACAAUUACUCCACCGCGCGUUUCCUGGGCUCUAGCUCUCAGCAGAGGGGAGAGCUCUUUGUGCCACAGCGAUGAAGGGGCUGCUCCGGUGCGUGUCGACGGGGGCCUGCAGGGUGGCGCCGGGGGCCGCGGCGUCGCCUUCCUCGUCUUCUUCAUCGCCGGGGGCAGGGGGGAAUAGUAGUAGCAACAGCAGCAGCAGCAGCAAGGUGCCGGCGGGGCACGUGCCGGUGGAGGUGGGCGCCGAGGGGGAGGAGACAGAGCGGUUCCUCGUGCCCGCCGAGCUGCUGGGCCGGGCCCCCAUCGCCGAGCUGCUACGCCGGGCCGCCCAGGAGUACGGCUACGCGCGCCGCGGCCCGCUACGCAUCCCCUGCCCCGCCGCCGCCUUCCGCCGCCUCCUCAGCGCGCUGGCCGCCGGUACCGGGGCGGACAGCAGGAGCCUUCCCGUCGCCUACUACGCCGUCGUGGUUUGAGCAGCCCUUUGAGGAUCGGAGCUCGUAGCAAGAGCCCCUUUUUUAUUUCUACUUUUUAGCGGGUCCUUUAUCCGUUUCUUGAGGUGGGUGGCUGCAGCCUGCAGGCUUGUUGUGCAGGGGUCGUUGUGUAGAUUUGUUGUGCUGUUCGGUUCAGUCGCUGCGCCUUCUUCUUCCAGAGCUACCAUUUGUUCCUCUGCUUCUUCUUUGUUUUAGUAGUACGGCUUCUCUUCUGCCGAUCUCUCUCUUUGUAAUAAUAUUCAUGUAUAUUUGUAAAUCCGGACCUACGAGAUGCUUACUAUGAAUUCUAUGGACGAUGCUCUUUCUCUGUUC